CGGUCACGUGGGCGGUCGCCCGGACGUGACGCGGGGGGGCGGGGCCGUGCCAUGGAGCGGAGCGGGGAGCGCUGAGGGGAGGCGGCGCGAUGGCCGAGCCGGGCCAGGCCGCCGGCGAGAACGGCGUGGGCGGCAGAGCGGUCCGCGUGGGCACGCGUCGGAGCCAGCUGGCCCGGAUUCAGACUGACAGUGUAGUUGAGAUGCUCCGUGAGUUACACCCAGACCUCCACUUUGAGAUUGUUGCCAUGUCAACAACUGGAGAUAAGAUCCUGGAUACAGCACUUUCCAAGAUUGGGGAGAAGAGCCUCUUCACCAAAGAACUGGAAAAUGCACUUGAAAGAAAUGAAGUUGACCUGGUAGUUCACUCCUUGAAGGACCUGCCAACUUCUCUUCCUCCUGGCUUUACCAUUGGUGCUGUCUGCAAAAGGGAAACCCCACUUGAUGCUGUUGUCUUUCACCCCAAGAACUGCGGGAAAACACUCGGUCUCCUUCCGGAAAAGAGCGUGAUUGGAACCAGUUCACUUCGUCGAGCAGCCCAGCUCAAAAAGAAGUUCCCUCAGCUAGAAUUCAGAGAUAUUAGAGGGAAUUUAAAUACCCGCUUAAAGAAGCUAGAUGAGAACGAAGAGUUCAGUGCCAUAAUCCUGGCUGCUGCUGGGCUGAAGAGAAUGGGCUGGGAGAAUCGCAUUGGUCAGCUCCUGAGCCCUGAAGAUUGUCUCUAUGCUGUUGGACAGGGGGCCUUAGCGGUGGAAGUUCGUGCCAAAGACCAAGAAAUAUUGAAUAUGGUAUCUGCCCUGCACGAUGGAGAAACCGUAUUAUGCUGCAUUGCUGAGAGGGCCUUUAUGAAACGUUUGGAGGGUGGCUGUAGUGUCCCUGUUGCAGUUAGCACCAUGCUGAAAGAUGGCCAGUUGUAUUUGACAGGUGCAGUCUACAGUUUGGAUGGAUCUGAUAGCCUGAAAGAGACUAUGCAGACCAGCGUUAAUUAUCCACAACAGAAUGAAGACGGACCAAAUGAUGAUGUGCAGCAUGUUGGCAUCACAGCCAAGAAUGUCGCUGGUCAGGCGCAGGAAGCUGCAGAGAACCUUGGUGUUGAACUAGCUAGUUUACUUCUGUGCAAGGGAGCUAAGCAUAUCCUUAGCGUGGCAAGGCAGCUUAAUGACGCCUGCUAAACCUGUAGUGAGGUCAGCAAGAUUGCUACAAGUCUUGCUUCAGCCUUUGCAGCUGUUGUAUCAGCCUUUAGAGGGAUUUUUUUUUUAAACAUUCACACCAGUCUUGCCUGAUGUUUGGGCACAGAAAAACAUGCAAUAAUAAACUAAUUCCAGAGUA